CCGCCAUCAACUUCCCAAGACAAUUUAAAGAAGCCCGAUGUUUCCCCAGUUGCGGGUGAGAAAAAAAAUGAAGAAAUCAUAGCAAACUUUCAAAGACUCCGAUCUGAACAAAGAGGCUUAGCAUCCAAACUGAGCACUUUAGAAAUAGAUCUAAACGAACAUAAAGUUGUUAUCGAACAAUUAAAAACAGUGGAUCCAGAUCGAAAAUGCUUCAGAAUGAUUGGUGGUAUUUAAGAACGGACUGUUAAAGAAGUUCUUCCAAUAUUAAUAAACAAUACAGAACAACUCGGUAAAGUGAUAGAAGCUUAUAAUAAAAAUUUAAUGGAAAAAGGCAAACUUAUAAAUCAGUACAAAGAAUUGCAUAAUAUUAGAAUUCGGGGGCAGGAUGAAGUUUUGCCGGAGGAAGAAAAAACGGACACACCGAGAAAUGUACUAGUUGCUAAUAAUUAGUCAUUAUAUAGUCACCGACCCAGUUCACAUUUUUUGUUUUAAUAAUUAAACAUUACGAAUGCAUUGAUUUUCUGAACAUGAAAAAAAUAAAUCAUUUAUCACAACAUAUAUUUAUUAUACUUUUUUGUCUGCUUGGCUAAAUUUAGCAUUUGUAAAUAUUGCACAUUAAAUUUAUUAUAUUAUUUACGCUUUAACAAAAUAUUUGU